AUGCCAUACAAUGGCCCAGGUAGUCCUCCGCGCGCAUUGUCUGGUUAUCACGAGCAAAGUAAUUCCUUUCAGUCGAUGUAUGGCCCUCAGCAACGGCCUAUGCCGCCACCCUCCCCGCAGCACUACCCAAGAUAUGCUCCUCCGACGCUGCCACCACCGCCGUCGAUAUCACACUCACCUUAUGGCCAGCAACAACCGCCACAGAAGAGACCUGGAAGUAGCAUGUCGAUAUCAUCCAUGCUAGGUGGAGAGCCCGAAAGACCACAUCAUGACUCCCUAUUCAAUCACAUGCGGUCAUCGUCGCAUGGACAGCAUCCUCUGAACCAUGGUCCACCGCCAGCGCAAAAUGCUAUCAUGUCGCCGCCACAAUAUCCCCCUCGAUCGAACCCUCAAGAAUAUGCCUACAAACCACGCGCAACAACUCCAGAUCGAUAUAGAGAUCAGCUCACAGAUCAGUCCCAGAACCGAUAUAGAUCCGGAUCUGGCUCCAUGCUACAGAGGCCUGGACCAUUCCCAGAUCAACCACCUGCGUUCGAACGCUUCCCUCCGAGACAUCAAGACCAUGCCGUGUUUGGGCAGCAAAUGCCGCCGAGAGAUGAUCUCACCGACCGUGUACGCCGAACAAGCCUUAGUGGCAUCCUGCAAAGAUCAGAGAGUGCGCCGCAGAGAGCUGACGCGAAUGGUCCAAUAAGGCUCCCGAGACCAGAUAGCGCUACGCCGAUCAUCACGAACGGUGAUGCGUUCGCACCUCGCAACCCUCCCGUCGAGCGACAGCCUCCUCUCGGUGGCACCUACGACACGCGACCACCGCCUUUUAACACCAGACCUCCCGCACCUCCCGUGCGACACUACGAGAAAAGGGAUACUCUUUCUCGCUCGCCCGAGAUACGUCGAGCCGUGCCAAAUGGUCUGGACAGCCGCAAUUUUAAUGGCCUCCUCAACGAUGGUCCGUCGAUGGGUCUGGCUGCGCAGACGAUGGCUAGACAAGAUUCGAUACAGUCGCAAAAUUCUGCCUUUGGCGAUCGAUAUAGACCGCGACCUUUCUCGCCCUUCGCACCGUCUGUGACUUCUCAGGCUUCCAUGCCAGUAGAUGAGUAUGGCAGGAAAGGAAGUGACGAGCUUGGACACCGUACAAUUGCAGCCCUAGCAAACGACUCUCGAAGAGGACGAUACUCGCCUGUGCCACAAGCUGUUCAAGGAGCGCAAGCACAAACCCCUGUGCCUGAAGCGAGUCAGAAGGCCGAGCAGGGCAGAGUGUUUGCCGGUCUGGGUGGCUUGGGAAGUGGUCCUACCUCGACUCCCGUCGGCCUUUCUGGAUCUCCUUUCAAGGAUGUCUCGGCUCGACUUAGCGAAGAGAACCUCAUCAAAAUGUCGAGAAGCGCAUCAGGGGUGGCCAAGAGAUCACGCAAAUUCGAUGAUGACAUCCGUGCAGAAAGCGAAGCAGGAGUUGUCGGCAAGAAGGGCAGGAAGCGGACCAAGUAUGCCUCCUCAUAUAAGCCCGAGGAACCCCUUCGCCGAGGCACGCCUCUGUCGAUACCCGUGCAGCGCAACGCUUCUACGCUCUCACAUCAGGCGAUCACUCACCAACGACCCGAGCCGCAGCCAUCAUUCAAGCCGCGACAGACGAUCAAGAUCUUGUCAGUCAUCAAUGCUGCAAAACGGAGUAAGAGACGGCAUCUGGGGACAUUCAAGUACGACCCGAUACUCUCGAAUCGCGAGCAAUCGCUCACCAGUGGCAACUUUGACGUGGAUUUAAAGCCGAACAUGAUCCCCAGCUUCGACCAGCCGCACCAGAUCAACUGCACCUACUCAGUCCGUGUACCCCAACUAUGGCUUCAAGAGCGAGAAGCGCGUCUAAUCGGUCAAGAGAGGUUCUUGUGGGGUACUGGCAUCUAUGCCGACGACAGCGAUAUCGUCGCGGCAGCCAUGCACAGUGGUUUUCUGAAAAGUGUGCCACCAGAGCACGCAGACAGGGCGAUGCUGGACUUGAUCGCACGAGAACAGAACGCCAAAAUCGAGGGUCUGGCUGGUGUGCCAGAGCAGCCGAUGGUGCCUGAGUCUGGAAAAGACGCCAUCAUCACCUGCGUCGUCCUGCCUUGCCUCGAGGAAUAUCCAAGCAGUACUCGCUACGGCAUCAAGAGUCGAAAGUGGCCGGAAGAAGCCAACGGCGCUGAGCAUGACGGAGUCAGUUUCGCGGUCCUGAAAGUCGAGUUCGUGAAUGAAUGCAUCGAAGCCCGACGAGUGGGUCGAACGGGCAAAGAGCGCCGCGAGCGCCUCAAGAAAGAGCUGGAAGAGCGCAAGCGUGGUCAGGAACGAGUCAAGGAGAUGGCUGAAAAGUAUAAGAAACGAAUUCGCAAGGUCGCUAAGGUGCAGAGGGGCAAGAAUGGGGACACCCUUAGGAAGGAAAUGGCGGGGAAGGCAGCGAUGAACAGUUUGAAGGCGAAGAUGAGGCUGGAGGAGGAGAAGAGGCAAGAGGGCGAGGGUGGCAAUGACGCUGCUGUAUCAAAAGCCGGGCUUGUGAAUGGGGCACUCGAUGUCGGGCAGACCCCAGGCGAGUGGUUGAAGCAGUUGGAAACCUCGGCUGGUGACACGGACGCUUGA